AUGACUGCCGGUCUUAAGAAUGUUAUUGUCGUUGGUGGCUCAUUUGUUGGGCUUGCUGCUGUAAAAGAACUCGCGGCUCUUCUCCCACUUACUCAUCGAGUCCUGUUAAUAGAACCACAUAGCCACUUCCACCAUCUGUUCGCUUUUCCUCGGUUCGCCAUCGUCCCGGAUUACGAACACAAAGCCUUCAUCCCCUAUACUGGCUUUUUCUCCUCUCUACCAAAUUCUACAAACCAUGCCAUUGUCAAUGCUAGAGUAGUUUCCUUACAAAAGAACCAGAUCACUCUUGACCGGCCAUGGCAAGGUUCAACAGAAAUUCCAUUCGACUAUGCGGUUGUUGCUACUGGAACACGUCUUCAAGCUCCUAGUAACAUGCAGCAUGACGAUAAAAAAACUUCUGUCGACUACUUCAAGACCUAUCAGCAGGGUAUCAAGAAUGCCAAAGCGAUCGUCAUUGUAGGCGGUGGAGCGGUGGGCGUGCAAAUGGCCACUGAUCUAGGAGAGGUUUAUCCUGAGAAGAAGGUUACGCUGGUCCAUUCAAGAGAUCGACUCAUGCAGCUCUACCACCCCAAGAUGGAUGCCAUCAUCCGUGACAGAUUGCAAGAGCUUGGCGUAGAUGUUAUCACCGGCACACGUGCCACUAUCCCACAAGAUGGCUUCCCAACAGAUGGUUCAGAAUUCCAGUUGGAAUUGAAAGAUGGCCGCACGUUAUCAACAAACCUUGUCAUCCCAGCAACUGGUCAAACCCCAAACAGCCAGUUUCUACAUGAUCUACAACCCACUCCUGGACACAAGAUCCUCAACUCAGCCAACGGCUUCAUCAAAGUAUCACCAACCCUACAAUUCGCCGAUCCAGGUUACUCGAAUCUGUAUGCGUGCGGCGAUAUUGCCGAUAGUGGAGCCCACAAAGCAGCGCGACCAGGAGCAGCACAAGCACAUGUAGUGGCGCAGAACAUCUCAGCCGCGGUUCAGGGUGGAAAGCCUACGAAUGAGAUCACAGUUGAUCCUCCAGCCAUUCAUCUUUCGCUUGGAUUGACCAAGAACAUGGUGUUUAGAAAUCCUCCAAAGGGCCAGACUGACCCGAUAAUUAUGUGGAGAGACGAUGGUGCAAGGGAUAUGAAGAUCGAUGGUGUUUGGGAGAGAAGAGGCACGAGAGUUACUCGACCUGCUGAUUACCAUUUAUGA